CACAGUAGACAGCAAAUCCAGGAAUACGGCCUGAAAAUCCGCACCUUCCAUACGAACUUAAAUGCAAGGCAGACCUGCUCUGCCCACUCUAAUCCUCACCCAUCAUCAGUCGUCCAACUUCCUAUCCCAGCGCACCAUAACCAUCGGCCCAUCACCACCAACAUGCACACCACAGCACUCGCGGUCGCCACCCUCGCCCUAGCCAACCCAUUUCCCGCCCCGGCCCAACCCUUAAUCACCCCUGGCGCCGGCCUCCUCGCCGUCCCAGCACCAGGCCUCGCGCCCCGCCAGCAAUUCUCCCUCACCGGCAGCCGCGCCAAGUCGGUGUCGUGCAUGAGCGAGUACCUCUCACUCGCGCAGGACGCGCCGACCCCGACCGACGGCGACCUCUUCACGCUGCUGCGCAGCAUCGGCGAGAGCUUCGCGGUGACGGCCACGGCAGGGAUCGACGAUUCGCUGACGACACUGUGCGCCGCGAGCGCGAGCAUCACGCCUCCGGCUUCGCUCAGCUCGGCGUAUGACAGCUACACGAGCGAGGUCCAUUCCUGGGCGAGCAGCGUGGCGGACGAGGCACGCUCGAUUGCGAGCGAGUGCGGCGGGGAGGUCUCGGCUAUGAUGCAGUUCUUAAUUGUCACCAAUGCCGAGAGCUGUACGCGAGCUGUGCAGGUGCUGGUGGAUGUGUAUGAGGAUAUGCUGAGUUCGGGGACGAGGACGGGGACUGCGGCGAAGUCGACGACCAGGACGAGGGUGUCGACAAGCGCGACGGCGAGUGGGGAUGAGGCGGUGUCGACUUCGACUUCUGGUACGGCAGGGGAUGACGAGGAGACUGAGACCGGGGCGAGGAGUGCCACUGCUCCGCCGCAGAGUACGGGAGGAGGUGGGGGAGAGAACACCAAUGCUGUUACGACGACGACCAGCUCGUCCAUUGGUGGUGCUGCGGCGCCCAGGGAGACUGGUUUCGUCGCUGCUGCGGCUGCCGUCGUGCUGGGUGUCGCUGGCGUUGUCGCGGCACUGUAAGAAAAUCUACAUGGAAGGUGUUGAUCUGGCAAGGCCAGGCACUAGAUUGGGCUUGGACCACUAGAAAUAUAUGGCUCAGUACAGCGGAGGAGCAAGAUAAGGCUUGAACCGGUCUCUAACGAUAUAUUUGUGUAGUUGGAGGUGAAAGACAUCUACAUGUUCAAGGGUGUAUUCUACAAGAGCUCUAUCAAGUCACAUACUUGGCAUAGCUACUCCAGUAGUCGGAUCAUUAUGUGCUCUCUGUGAGGGCACCGAAUG